AUGAAUCGUCUCGUGGAGUACGGUAGUGUCGAAGCGAUUCCAUUCUACGAUUGCUCAAAUAAAACAUUCGACGAAUGGGAGAAAACCGGUGUCAAAAAAGGCUGGUUCGGCUAUCCAUUGGUCAUUUUUGGAGUUUUCAUCGAAUUCCUGUACAUUCCAAUUAUCUACAUCAUCAUUAAAACUAAACUCAUCAGACAUGCCUGUUAUAAAAUCAUUUUGAUGUUGGCCAUGAUCGAUAUGAGUGCCACGUGUUGUAGUUGUCUGAUUACUGGACCAUUGCUCAUUAUUGGAUCCGUUUUUUGUAUGUAUCCGACUUUUACCUACGUCGCCGGUGGAUUUGUGUUGAACACCUGGUGCAUGGCAUGUGCAGCUACCGUAUCCCUAUUCGCCAAUCGUAUUAUCUCCAUUGGGUUCCGUGAAUAUGCAGAUGUGAUUGAGAAGAAAUUGGCAUAUUCUUCAAUCGCAUUUGUGUUGUUUUACGGAUUCUACAUUUACUAUUUCACCCCCUCCAUUGUGUACAACUCGGAUAUUAUGGCUUGGCUACCAGAUCCAUUAUCUGAAGAUGUUCCGAGUCCAGAAGCAGCGGCAAUGUACAAGAACACAAUCCAGGCCUGGAAUAAUUGGAUUUUCGUAACCUGCAUGUUUGUCUUAUUUUCUGUAUACUUCGCAAUGGUCAAACGAUUGGCAAGGGGACAAAAGUCAAAGGCAUCUAAAGCAAUCUUCAUCCAAUGCUCCAUAAUUUGUUUUUUCAAUACCGCCACUGCUCUCGUCUACAAUGCUCUGGCAAUUGUGACCCCUGCUCCAUGGAUUCUGGCAUUUGGACAAAUCUGUUGGGCAUGCAAUCAUGCAUGUCCGGCACUCAUUUAUGUCACGAUGAAUGACACUAUUCGGAGGGAAUUCUAUCGAUUGGUUUUCAGAAUUAAGGCAAGGGAAAUCAAUAAGAUUUUAUUGAAGUUGGAUGUUUCAGAAAGUGGAAGACGCGACAUCAAGUGCUGCUGUCAAGAGCACAACGCAAUCUAA